UCCCUAGGUGCGGGAGGCUGAAGCCGGGCAAGAUGGUCGCCACGUCCUUCCUCAGCCAGGGUGUGACUGCAGUGGCCGGGUUGUUGCUUUUGUCCUUCGGCAGCUUGGCCACUAGUCAGAUCGAGGAUCAAGCAGAGCAGUUCUUCAGAAGUGGCCACACAAACAACUGGGCUGUUUUGGUGUGUACAUCCCGAUUCUGGUUUAAUUAUCGACAUGUUGCAAAUACUCUUUCUGUUUAUAGAAGUGUGAAGAGGCUAGGUAUUCCUGACAGUCACAUUGUUCUGAUGCUUGCAGAUGAUAUGGCAUGCAACCCUAGGAAUCCCAAACCAGCUACAGUGUUUAGUCACAAGAAUAUGGAACUAAACGUCUAUGGAGAUGAUGUGGAAGUAGAUUAUAGGAGUUAUGAGGUAACUGUAGAGAAUUUUUUACGGGUAUUAACUGGGAGGAUCCCACCUAGUACUCCUCGGUCAAAACGUCUUCUUUCUGAUGAUAGGAGCAAUAUUCUUAUUUAUAUGACAGGACAUGGUGGAAAUGGUUUCUUGAAAUUUCAAGAUUCUGAAGAAAUUACCAACAUAGAACUUGCAGAUGCUUUUGAACAAAUGUGGCAGAAAAGACGCUACAAUGAGCUACUGUUUAUUAUUGAUACUUGUCAAGGAGCAUCCAUGUAUGAGCGAUUUUAUUCCCCCAACAUAAUGGCUUUAGCUAGUAGCCAAGUGGGAGAAGAUUCACUCUCGCAUCAACCUGAUCCUGCAAUUGGAGUUCACCUUAUGGAUAGAUACACAUUUUAUGUCUUGGAAUUUUUGGAAGAAAUUAAUCCAGCUAGUCAAACUAAUAUGAAUGAUCUUUUUCAGGUAUGUCCCAAAAGUCUCUGUGUGUCUACUCCUGGACAUCGCACGGAUCUUUUUCAGAGGGAUCCUAAAAAUGUCCUGAUAACUGAUUUCUUCGGAAGUGUACGGAAAGUGGAAAUUACAACAGAGACUAUUAGUUUGCAACCAGAUUUAGGAAUCAUGGAAAGCAGCUAUAAGGAAGACCGGAUGGAUGAGGAUCUAAUAGAACCCCUGAAAUAUGCCGAACAACUUCCUGUAGCUCAGAUAAUACACCAGAAACCAAAGCCGAAAGAUUGGCAUCCUCCUGGGGGUUUUAUUCUGGGACUGUGGGCACUCAUCAUCAUGGUUUUCUUCAAAACUUAUGGAAUCAAGCAUAUGAAGUUCAUUUUCUAGAUGUGAUGGUAUAUAAAGAAGACUGCAUGGAAGACUACCAUCUUGGAUAAAAAUUUAUGUCAUCAUAUCUUUUUUAAAAAUACAGUGCUCUUGUAUGCAUUGGCAAAAGUAUAAAGAAACUGUAAAUUUGAUGGACUGUUAUUUUAUAACUUAAAAAUAAUUGUUAAUGCAAGUGCUAAAUGGUACUAGAUAGAUUUCAGUUUUUCCUUUUGUGUGUUAUUUAAAAAGAUGGGACAAAGAGACCAGAAUAUACUCUUUUUGUAUAUUGUCAGACCUCAUUGACUCUUUUUGAAAAUAAGAAUUUCCCCUUAUCCGUCUUUCAUUUGGAAAAGAAAAAAAUGUGAAGACAUUGAAUUCUCACUAGAAGAGGUAACUUCUGUUAGUAUUUUUGUGUAUGUUCUUCCAGUCUUUUUUUCUGUGUACAUAUUUUUUUCUAAAGUAGAGAUUAUAUACUUAUACCAUUUUGUAACCUAGCUUUUCAUUUUACAAUAUGUCAUCAACCCUUUCUCUCUCCUUGGAUAUUCUUCAAGAACAUGUUGGGAAUGUCUGCAGAGUACCCAUUUUAUGAAUGUGCCGGAAUUUAUUUAACAAUUUUCUACUGUCGGACCACUAACUUUGUUCCGAAAAUGUUCCUUUGGUUCAUUCAUUAAUGUGUGAAAAUUGUACUGUCAGUCACUCAGGGACCAUAUGGAAAACUCACCCUUAUGGCCCUGCCUUCACGAUGACUGAUGUAUCACAUAAGUCAAUAAAUAAGCCCCUUUUCUGAAGGUCCCUGACAAGAUGCAAAAGCUCAUGUCGCCAUCACUGAUAUUUUAGCUUACCAGCCAUCUUUGUACCUUUCUCGUAACUGGAAAUACUGUUGAGAUUGUGCUUUGCUAUCAGCCUCAGUUCUUGUUUUUUCACAUACGGGGGCGGGGGGAACCUGAGAGUUGAGUAUUCAUUGUCCCACAGGAUAUCUUUUUGUAUUUCAUCUGUUUUAUCCAAGAAUUUAUGUGUUAAUCUUUAUUCACUAUAAAGACCUGUUGUGUAAUUGUAGGUAACAUUAAGAAGACAACUCUUCCUCCACAAUAAAUCUCCUAAAAUUCA